AAAGCUUCGACGGACCUUCAAGGUGCCCGGCGGGCCAAAAUCAACACCCCACUGCAAUCUUGCAUCGCGACGCUUACUUCCGUUCCAAAGGUGCCACGAACACCUCCCACGGUCCUUCGCCUCACGGUCGCGCCAUGACUUGCUUCAUACCUGCCGUCUUGCCGAUCUAAUUCAGCUCGUUUCUUGUGCACACUGCUCCCGUUCCACCGCACCCUCGCCUCAACUUCUUGUCGCCGGCGUAGUUCCGGCGCGGCGCAGCGCGCUGGGCCAAAAAAAAGAAGAUGGCGUCGUUUCCGCGAUUUCGAUUCUUGGCAAUCGCCGUUCUUUUCCACCUCGUGUAUAUAUAUUCCAUCUUUGACAUCUACUUCGUUAGCCCGAUCGUGUCGGGCAUGCGCCUGUUCCAAGUCGAAAGGGCACCAUCGACUCGUCCGCCCGCAGACCGCCUGGUGCUCUUCGUAGGAGACGGAUUGCGAGCCGAUAAAGCGUUUCAGUUCCACCCUGAACCUUACCCCGAGAACGAUGAUGAUCUUGUGCCGAGGCCGCUUGCCCCGUUUCUGCGCUCCAAAGUGCUGCAAGAGGGCACCUUUGGUGUCUCGCAUACGCGUGUGCCGACCGAAUCGCGACCCGGACAUGUGGCUCUCAUUGCUGGCCUCUACGAGGAUGUCUCGGCUGUCACCACCGGCUGGAAACUGAAUCCCGUCAACUUCGACAGUGUGUUCAACCGCAGUCGGCACACAUGGAGUUGGGGGAGCCCCGACAUCCUGCCCAUGUUUCAACAUGGCGCUGUUCCCGGCAGGGUGGACGCCUUCACGUACGGGGCCGAGCUGGAGGACUUCUCGUCUGAUGCCCUCGUACUGGACCUGUGGGUGUUCGACCACGUGAAGGACUUCUUUGCCAAGGCGCGGACGGAUAAGGCGCUCAACGACGCGCUGAGGCAGGACAAGAUUGUUUUCUUCCUUCACUUGCUGGGGCUGGACACAACCGGGCACUCGCAUCGGCCUUAUUCGAAAGAGUACCUCCACAACAUCAAAGUGGUCGACAAGGGAGUCCAGGAGGUUGCCGAAUUGAUGAAGGAUUUCUAUGGCGACGACCGGACCGCCUUCAUCUUUACUGCUGACCACGGCAUGAGUGACUGGGGCAGCCACGGAGACGGCCAUCCUGACAAUACCCGAACUCCUCUGAUCGCCUGGGGGGCAGGGAUUGCCAAGCCUCAACUCUACCCCGGAGAAGUCGCACCGGGACAUGAUGAGUACUCUUCCGACUGGCAUCUGGAUCAUGUUAGGCGACAUGAUGUUUCCCAGGCUGAUGUGGCCGCGCUCAUGGCCUACCUCAUUGGUGCGGAGUUCCCGGCGAACUCGGUGGGCGAGCUGCCUCUCUCUUUUCUGACAGCUGGUCUGAAGGAAAAGGCCGAGGCGUCGCUGGUGAACACGCAGGGGGUUCUCGAGCAAUACCGCGUCAAGGAAGAGAAGAAGAAGGCAACAGAGCUAAGAUACCGGCCAUACGGCCCCCUGAGCGCCGAAGGCCUGGACGCGGAAAGCCGGGUGGCGCACAUCCGGCAACUCAUUGACGUCGGCAGCUACGAGGAAGCCAUUGAAGAGUCAGCGGCUCUUAUGAAGGUCGGCCUCGGCGGCCUCCGGUACCUGCAGACUUAUGAUUGGCUAUUCUUGAGGGCUCUCAUCACAGUGGGCUACUUGGGCUGGGUGGCAUAUGCCCUCACCACUGUCAUCGAUCUUCAUGUGCUGCACAGCCGUGUCCAGCCCUCCAGGACUCUUGCCGGGAUUGUUGCUUCAACCUCCGCUUUGACGGCGCUCUACGCCUCGUUUGUUAUCUCCAAGUCGCCGCUGACCUACUACGCAUAUGCAUUCUUUCCUGUGUUUUUCUGGGAGGAAGUGUAUGCGCGACGGGAGAGCCUGGUGGAAGGCCGCAAGGAGCUGUUUGGUCAUAUCCAGUCCGGAGGCAGUCUUGCCUCUUUGGUCCUCAACUGUGCCGUCUAUGUCGGAAUCAUUGAAUCUCUGGCUCUGGGUUAUAUCCAUCGCGAGAUUCUGACCAUACUCUUUGUCAUCGGCGCUUUCUGGCCCGCUGCAUAUGGCUUCGCCUUCUUGCAAGAGCACGCCGCCCUGUCCAUCACCUGGUUCCUGUCGUGCAUCGCCAUGAGCACCUUCACGCUCCUUCCAGCCGCCAUGACAUCCGAGGACGUCAACAUGAUAAUGAUCGGAGGCAUUUUAAUGGUUGUUGUCGGCAUUUUGUACCUGGUUCUGGAAGACUUUGUUCUCUCAGACUUUGCUUGGUCUGACAAACCAUCGGCUCCGAGGAGGCAUGUCUCGAGGACUCUCGUGGGCAUCCAAAUCGGCCUGACGAUUCUUUCCAUCGUGGUGACCCGUUCGAGCGCCCUGUCUUUGCGAGCCAAGCAAGGACUUCCCCGUGGCAACCAGAUACUCGGUUGGGCGGUGCUUGUAUCAUCAUUCUUGAUGCCGUUGGCUCACCGCGCACAGCCCAACAGCCACUACCUCCACAGGAUACUGGUUAUUUUCCUGACCUGUGCCCCCACCUUUGUUAUCCUGGCCAUCUCCUACGAAGGACUCUUCUACGUGGCCUUCUCAGCCGUCCUGGUUAGCUGGGUCCGACUAGAGCAUGCCGUCUACAAGUUUUCUUCUCUAGCUCACCCAUCUCCCGCUCCUGACGGCACAACAACACACGCCGAAGCGAACGGUGCGACAUCCGCAAGAUCUCAAACACCCGAGACUAAUCGGGCGCUCCCCUCGCCCUUCCGGCCGCUCACGCUUCGCGACGCGCGCGUCGCACUCUUCUUCUUUGUCCUCUUCCAGUCGGCCUUCUUCAGCACGGGCAAUGUGGCCUCUGUCUCCUCCUUCAGCCUUGACAGCGUUUCCCGGCUGAUCCCCAUCUUCGACCCCUUCUCGCAAGGCGCCAUGCUUAUCCUCAAGCUGAUGAUCCCAUUCGCUCUCAUUUCGGCCAAUCUUGGCAUCCUGAACAAGCGGCUGGGCGUCGCGCCUUCUGCGCUGUUCAUGGUGGUCAUGGCCAUCAGCGACAUUCUGACGCUGUACUUUUUUUGGGUGGUCAAGGACGAGGGCUCGUGGCUCGAGAUUGGGUCCACCAUCAGUCACUUUGUGAUUGCCAGCUUAUUGUGCGUCUUUGUCGCAGCACUCGAGGGCGUGAGCGCCUUGUUCAUUGCUGGGGUUGAGGUGGAAGAGGACGUAACUCGGGCAGUUUGCGAGGGGGCGGUCGCCGAGGUGCUGCUGAAGAGGACUGAUGAGAACGGUGCCGGUGGGGAAUAGAAGCUGAUCUCACUCGUAUCUAGAGUCGGGUGACCUUGCGUAAAGGGGUGCUUUAGAAUGUAUCAUACGGGCAUAAUAUUCGCAAUAUAGACUGGCUCCUAGGUCGGAACAAUCCGAUUCCUUCUU